UUUUCGGCGACCUUUACGACUUCCCUCCGCUGUCUUCGGUCAAGUCGACUCCACGCACCCUCCCUCUGCAAAAAUGAGCGACGACCAAAGCACAGAUGUGGUAGAUGUUCAGGACCAGGAAUUGCAGGCAAUGAAAGCUCGCGUGGCCGAAAUGGAGGCCGAAGCCGAGAAGCUGCGAGAAAUGCAGGAGCAGCUCGACAAGGAGAGCGAGGCUCUCCGCAACGACAAAGAGGCUCUCGACGCCCAGAGUGUGUAUGUGGGCAAUGUAGACUACAGCGUGACGCCAGAGGAGCUGCAGGCUCACUUUGCCGAGUGCGGUCCCAUCAACCGCGUCACCAUUCUGUGCGACAAGUUCACCGGACACCCUAAAGGUUUCGCCUACAUCGAGUUCGCCGAGCCCAGCGUUGUCCCCAACGCCUUGCUACGCAAUGGCUCCAUGCUCCACGACCGUCCUCUCAAGGUCACUCCCAAACGCAUGAACAUCCCCGGCAUGUCCCGCGGCCGAGGUCGCGGCCGAGGCCGCGGCAUGCGUGGACGUGGACGCGGUGCUUUCCGCGGAGGAUACCGCGGGAGGGGUCGUGGGUAUACCCCGUAUUAGUGCGUGUGCACGUGAAAAGUAAAACAAGACGUGCCGACCGUAUACACUCCUGGAAACGGGCGUCUUUCUUCGUUCUUUCAAGCGGCCUGCUCCUGCAGCCCCUUGUUCCCUUGUUUCGGCCGUUUAUGUUUGGCGCGCACCAGCCGUCCCUGUGACUGGUGUGUAAAACGGCGUCAGUUUGUUCCAACGGGUUUCGCUGCUUUCCGGUACGAAACAAGACAUGCGUAAUGAACAAUUGAACAAUUCAUAGCGACGUUUGUAAAUGGAAAGAUUUGUUGAAUAGUGCAGUACAGCAGACGUGCGAC